CUGCGCGCUGCAGAGGCGGCGGCGGUGGCAGCGGCCUGAAGAGCCCCGCGGGGAGAGCGGGCGGCGGUGGGGGUAGUUGCGGUGCUUUGGUGUGUGGCUGGGCGGAUUGCGCGCCACCAUGCCUGCCGUGUCGAAGGGCGAUGGGAUGCGGGGUCUGGCGGUCUUCAUCUCCGAUAUCCGGAACUGCAAAAGUAAAGAAGCGGAGAUAAAGAGGAUAAAUAAAGAACUAGCAAACAUUCGGUCAAAAUUUAAAGGUGACAAGGCUCUGGAUGGUUACAGUAAGAAAAAAUAUGUCUGCAAAUUGCUUUUCAUUUUUCUUCUGGGGCAUGACAUUGACUUUGGUCACAUGGAGGCUGUAAACCUGCUCAGUUCCAAUAGAUACACAGAGAAACAAAUUGGAUAUCUCUUCAUCUCCGUACUAGUGAACUCUAACAGUGAGCUGAUUCGUUUAAUAAACAAUGCGAUCAAGAAUGAUCUGGCCAGCCGCAACCCCACCUUCAUGGGGCUUGCUCUGCAUUGUAUUGCUAAUGUGGGUAGCCGGGAGAUGGCGGAAGCAUUUGCUGGAGAAAUUCCAAAAAUACUUGUAGCUGGAGAUACUAUGGACAGUGUGAAGCAGAGUGCUGCGUUAUGCUUGCUGCGUUUGUACAGAACUUCGCCUGACCUUGUCCCCAUGGGAGACUGGACAUCUAGAGUGGUGCAUCUCCUUAAUGAUCAGCACUUGGGUGUGGUUACUGCAGCUACGAGUCUGAUCACCACUUUGGCACAGAAGAACCCAGAAGAGUUUAAAACUUCAGUCUCCUUGGCAGUGUCUAGAUUAAGCAGAAUUGUGACUUCUGCAUCAACAGAUCUUCAGGACUACACAUACUACUUUGUUCCUGCUCCUUGGUUAUCUGUGAAGCUCCUGAGGCUGUUACAGUGCUAUCCACCUCCAGACCCUGCGGUACGUGGUCGUCUAACAGAAUGCCUGGAAACUAUUCUUAACAAAGCACAGGAGCCACCAAAGUCAAAAAAAGUACAACACUCAAAUGCAAAGAAUGCCGUGCUGUUUGAGGCAAUAAGCUUAAUUAUACAUCAUGACAGUGAGCCAAAUCUACUAGUCCGUGCCUGUAACCAGCUAGGUCAGUUCUUGCAGCACCGAGAAACUAAUUUGCGUUACCUAGCACUGGAAAGCAUGUGCACGCUUGCCAGCUCUGAAUUCUCACAUGAGGCUGUGAAAACACACAUAGAAACAGUUAUCAAUGCAUUGAAGACUGAAAGAGAUGUAAGUGUACGACAAAGAGCUGUAGAUCUCCUGUACGCAAUGUGUGACCGAAGCAAUGCCCAACAGAUUGUGGCUGAAAUGCUCAAUUACUUGGAGACUGCUGAUUAUUCCAUUAGAGAAGAAAUUGUUCUGAAAGUUGCAAUUCUAGCUGAGAAGUAUGCAGUGGAUUAUACCUGGUAUGUGGAUACGAUCUUGAAUCUGAUUCGCAUUGCUGGUGACUAUGUCAGUGAAGAAGUGUGGUACAGAGUUAUUCAGAUUGUUAUCAACAGGGAUGAUGUUCAAGGGUAUGCAGCAAAGACUGUUUUUGAGGCCCUUCAAGCUCCAGCAUGCCAUGAGAAUCUUGUAAAAGUAGGUGGCUACAUCUUGGGAGAAUUUGGAAAUCUGAUAGCAGGUGAUCCAAGAUCAAGUCCUCUCAUCCAGUUCAACUUGCUACAUUCCAAGUUUCAUCUGUGUAGUGUUCCUACCCGAGCUCUGCUUCUGUCUACCUACAUCAAGUUUGUGAACCUGUUUCCAGAAAUCAAAACUACAAUUCAAGAUGUAUUGCGCAGUGACAGUCAGCUAAAGAAUGCUGAUGUUGAGCUGCAGCAGAGAGCUGUUGAGUAUUUGAGGCUCAGUACUAUUGCCAGUACUGAUAUAUUGGCCACAGUGCUGGAAGAAAUGCCUCCCUUUCCAGAGAGGGAAUCUUCUAUUUUGGCUAAACUCAAGAAGAAGAAAGGCCCAGGCACAGUUACUGACUUGGAAGAGAUCAAAAAGGAGAGGAGCUCUGAUAUGAAUGGAAGUGCUGAACCUGCCUCUGUCAAUGCCAGUGCUGUUUCUACUCCUUCUCCGUCUGCGGAUCUGCUGGGUCUGGGUGCUGCCCCCCUCACCAAUUCGGCUCCCCCACCGUCCUCUAGUGGUAGCCUGCUGGUGGAUGUAUUUUCAGAUUCAGCCUCUGCGGUUGCACCUCUUGCUCCUGGUUCUGAUGACAACUUUGCGAGCCCUGACCUGGCUUCAUCUGAGGUAGUUUCUGAGGAACCAGCUGAUACUGUGCAUGAUGCUGAUGAGCUUUUUCACAAGUUUGUGUGUAAAAAUAAUGGAGUCUUAUUUGAAAACCAGUUGCUCCAAAUUGGAUUGAAAUCUGAAUUUCGACAGAACCUGGGACGUAUGUUCAUAUUCUAUGGUAAUAAGACAUCAACACAGUUCUUGACUUUUACUCCAACAGUAAUCUGCUCAGAUGACCUACAGUCAAAUAUCCUUAAAUGCAGUAGCAUGUGUCUGUUCUCAUUUGGGUUUUGUGGUUUAUGCUGCACAAAGUUACAAUAAAGCUGCUGGAUCAAGGUGUGGUGUCCUUGAACAUGAAGAAAUGAGAAAUUUGCUGGUAACUCUCUAAAGUUCUUGUAGAAAGAAUAAGUCUUGAGCAGAGAUGGAAGAUUCUUUCCUGAAAGCUCUGGCUGCAAACACAAAUGUUACUGUUAAAAUAAGGAGAAAUUAGGCUGAAUAAAUAUAUAAUGUAAUUCCUGUUUCUCUGCAGUCAUGAAGUAGCAGAGCCAUAGGUGUGGUGUCCUUCAAGUGCUGCAUUAGCAGAUAACAUCAGACUUGAGAUGGAGGUGGUAGAAUACGUGUACACAAAGAUUAUAAUACUUUAAAAUAGGCUUUUAUUUACAGUUUGUCCUUAAUGCUUGGUGUUGCAAAUCCAGGAUUUCUUGGAGACUGCGUAAUCAGUGGUGUUUGAUGUAAUGUUCACAUCAAAAUGAGAUAGUCCGGUGUGUUUUACUGUGAAGGCUGGCUGUGCCUUCAUACGUUUUGAGGGCAUCCUUUUUUAAGAAUAUCCAAAUAACUUGAAUUGCGGGGGUGGUUGUUUCUAGGUGUGUCAAUAUGGGGGAGGGGCGUGGGGCGCAAUGACCCCAAAACAUUACAACUUUUUUGCUGUACAAGAAUUGAGCUUUGUCCACUCAGUCUCUAUGUGCUACUGAAUAUUCAUGAUGCUAAUUCCUCGUGUGGCUUAUUGGAGGAUUUGCUAUUACUUUUUUUUUUUU